AUGGAAGAGGAGAUUAAAGAAGAGUUCUUGAAGAGCCAUACUUUUUCUCGAGAUUACAGUCUUCAUCCUUCCAAAGUCGUUUCAAGCUGGGAGGUUUAUUAUCUCAAUCGACAGCUUGAUGAUCCUGUUGUAAGGGAUGCUGAAAUGGAUGGGUUUUUAGGACACCUGCAGAACGAACAAGCAGGGACGGGUGUUAAAAAGGAUGCUGAUUCGCAUGUGUACUCUUUUAAAGAAGUUGACAUGGUUUUAGGUGCUGAGGAUGGAGAUACAAACAAUGUUAUUCUUGGAACUCCAACAGAGAAAUCUCAGAAACUUCAGUUGGACAUAUAUGACUCGGCACAUAAAACGAAUGGGAACAUUUUUUCUUCUGAGAGAAAAUCAAAACAAGUGACAUGAUUUGGUACGCUAUGUAACAAAUUUUUGGUCAAAUUCAACACUGAUAAUCUUCCUGCUAUAGAGACUGCCAACAGCAGUGAAGUCAUGAGAAUCUUGAGGAUGGCAUUAUCAAAAGGAUUCAAGCUCAGCAAGGUUGUUCAUCGGUGGUCCACAGAUCAGGGCCGGAACGAGGUUCCAGGUUCUUGUAUGACAGGAUUGAAGACGGGGUACCUUACAGUUAUUAUAGCAUCAAUAAUUUGUUUCUUUUAUCAGCAAUGUAUGUUACUAAGAUGGCUUAUCAUUGGUACAGUUCAAUGCAAUUGAUAACCGGAUCAAAAAGCAUGCAGUUGCAUUUGUUGCAUCUAGUCCCAGCAAAGUUCCAAUGGAUCCAUCACUUGCUUCAGAGGUAGUUUGCUGUUUCACC